AUGGUGCCACCGUUUCACUAUCACAUUGACCAAGCAGAAGCGUUUCGUAUUGUGCAGGGCGAGGGCCAUAUAUUCCGCAAUUCCACCGACAAACCUUGGGUAACGCUCUCUGCAAAUGAUCCCCAUGGCCUCAAAACUGCAGUUAUUCCCAAGCUGGAAUACCACACAAUACACAACGCGUCGACCACGGAGCCAAUGAUUAUGGAUGUGCAUUUGAGUCCAGAGGACUAUGUGAGCGAGGAGCGAUUCUUUCGAAAUUUCUUUGGCUACUUGGAUGACUGCAAGAGAGCAGGCCAAGAGCCAAGUCUUUUCCAACUAAUGGUCUUCCUGAAGGCAUCGGAUACACCACUCGGACUUGGGAACUCGGCGGGAUGGCUUGGACACUUAUGGAGUCGUGUCUUCUACGAAACAACCAGUUGGUGGGGAUACUGGGUCCUUGGGUACCAGCCAAGCUACCAAGAAUACUACACAGACAACACAUCGAAGGGAAAAUGA